AUGAAUUUAAUUCUUAAACCAGAGUUCGCUGUUCAUUUGGCGGCAUUUUGUUUCAUAACACAUUUUCUAUCAGUCAAAAGCCAAUUACUAUAUAAUAAAAACGAAACAAUCUAUGUGAAACAUCACAACGACUCAAUUGAACAGCAGCUGCAAAAACAAAAGAUGGCAGAAUUAAAACAAACUGAUCCACCUGAGAUAACAGAUCACUACUCCUUUGUGGCUCUAAUAGAAAUUAUGUUCAACGAUGGAUCAAGAAGAAAUUGCACCGGAGCCAUCAUUCACGAUAACGUAGUUUUAACAGCUGCUCACUGUUUUGAAGAAGAUAAAUUCAGUUUCCUGCAACCGGAGCUCACGGGCUCGUUUGUGAUCAUUGGAACCAAGAACAUGUACGAUACAGGAUACGAACAAUAUUUGCCAAUAGAGCGCGUCCUAAUUCACCCCGAUUACAAGGGGUGGACCGCGGAUUUAGCGCUCGUGUACACUUUCGCGGGAAUGAUGUCGGAUAAGCCCGGUAACAUAAUACCCUUGGCGGAAGGGAAUUCAUUCUCUUCUGUACAUUCCAACAUCACCGUGUUAAAUUGGAAUCAAAUAAAAAGAAACCCACCGCCGAGUACUAAAAAAUCGUUACACAGUGACAGUUGUUCGGAAUCAUCCGAAGAGAAGGAUGAAUAUUUUCCCAGUGGAGUCACGCGCCCAUUUCUGACCGAUAAUAUUCAUGCCAACAGUGAUGAACACAUAAAGUCUACAACGAUAAAAACAAACAACCACGAAAGUAUACUACGUAUGGAAGAAUACACGAUUUUUGAGGCACACUCGUGUAAGCACUUGGUACAAAAAGCCAAAUCACCCGUCUAUCAAAUAGUGAACGAAAACAAGACUAUUUGUUAUUACACAAAAGGCCCGAAGAAAGUUCAGGGUAACUCGGGCGCACCGGCUGUACACAGGAAUCAUCUUGUCGCUUUAUCCGCCGGUGAUCUCUUUAACGACGAAGAGCACAUCAUCAUCGGCACGAAGAUAAGUUGUUACUGCACCUGGAUCGGCGAAAAUUUGCCCGGUGGUGGCGAUCAUCUACAAUGCUGCACAGAUUGCUGCGAUGGAAUGAGUUUGGAAAGGAAACUAGAAAGUUAUUUUAAGCGUAGA